AACCCAAGUGUUACAAUGCAAAUGUUACAAAUUUAAAUUCAACAGCCUGGUUUGAGAACUAUUUGGGACAAUACCUAGCCUUUUCUACAGUAACUGAUAUAAUUUCAUUCAGCUCCAAUGAACAGAUGCUUCAGGAGUUUACAGUAGAUCCUAAUGACUUAAAGCUCAUAGCCAAGCUUUCAUUGGCUGAAGAUAUGAAAUCAUACUUUGCGAAGUUGAUUGAAAAACAAAUUGCUGUUACUGGAUCUAUUGACUUCAUUCCAGAUACCUCAUUAUGUUUUGUUCUGAACCAAGUGAACACGGAAGCCAUUAAUGGAGACCUAUCACUGAAAGUUACAGCAGCACUACAAAACUGCAAUAGUCAAACUACACAGGCAUUUACACAACUUACUACACACUCAUCAGAACAAGACUCAAUAUCUCUUGGAGUUUCCACACUUCAGCAUAUGACUGACCUGAGUACAUCACUAUCUGGAACAAUUACAAUUCAGCAUAUACCCAGCCCGAGUACAUCACUACCUGAAAGUAACACAAUGCAGCAACUAUCCAACAUGAGUACAUCAGCACCUGGAACUACGACUGUUCAGGUGGCUGACCUGAGUACAUCAGUUCCUGAAACUACCAUUGCUCAGCAACUAUCCAACAUGAGUACCUCAGCGCCUGGAACUACGACUGUUCAGCAUGUGGCUGACCUGAGUACAUCAGUGCCUGGAACUACCAUUGCUCAGCAUUUAUCCAACCUGAGUACAUCAGUGCCUGAACCUACGCCCGCUCAGCAUCUAUCCAACCUGAGUACAUCAGUGCCUGGAACUACAACUGUUCAGCAACUAUCCAACAUGAGUACCUCAGCGCCUGGAACUACGACUGUUCAGCAUGUGCCUGACCUGAGUACAUCAGUGCCUGGAACUGCCAUUGCUCAGCAUUCUCCAGACAUCAUGAAUACAUUACUUAUUAAUGGAACAACUUCAGCCACACCUCAGCAUUCUCCAGACAUGAAUGCAUCACUUAUUCUUGGAACAACCAGAGAGACAUCCCAGGUUACCAUCACUGUCCUGGAAACCAUAAGUUCCACCACUGUUGAAAAUAUCCAGCCACCACUCAUUGUCAGUCCUGUUAUGUCAACAACAGCCAUCUUGGAGCAAAUUAAUGGAAGUAUCAUACAGCAAAAUCUUCAGUAUUUGAGUCAAGUUUCUAACUGGACUUCAACACAAGCAACAGCUAUUGUCCAAAAACUACUUGAUUCUGGAUAUCAGGCAAACACAUCAGCAGCAUUGCUAAGUCUAGGACAUCUUGCUGUUGGUAUUCCAAGUAAAGUUCUGCAGAAACUUAAUGCAGAUACUAUUCUUCAACUUGCCACAAAUACCAAUUUUACAACAAUUAUGGCUGAAGCUCCCGAAGUCUUGAAAUACACCUUUGUACAGAAGCUCAUUACCAUCACAAAUGAAAGACUUGAAAGUGUUCCAGACAACCUUGCAGAUGAGAUUCCAUUAUCUAAAUUAUUCAAUAUUAAUGUGUCUCUAAUAUAUACAAAGAAGUGGACAGUGUCUCAGGCUUCCAUACUGUUUUAUAAAGUAAUCACCACCUCCAUCACCUCUAUGCAGAAUUUUAGCUGGCUCUCCACAAAUUUGUUGCAAGGAUUCACUUGUGGAACUGCAAUUACGUUGACCAGUAAUCAGAUUAAUCAGCUUAUACAAGUGAUGAAAGUCAAAGAUGUGACACUAAGUAAUAGUCAGGCCAAAUGUAUGGCAAGAAUACUGCUCCAAAGUGGAUCUAUAACAGAUAUUUCAAAAUAUCCUAGUAGCGUGCUUCUGUAUUUCAGCUUGUCUAAUGCAUUCAUAAGCUCAUUAAACUGUACGCAGUAUGUCAUCUUAGUUGGCAAUGCAGAUGCUGGUUUAUUGAUAAAUGAUGCAUUACAAACACAGAUUGUUCUACAGUAUGCUAAACAAUGCCUGGGAAUCUCUGGUUCAAACAUAGCUAAACAGAAGUUGCAGAUACUUAAUAACUUGGUAUGCGGCUUUAAUGGCACUGAAAUAGCACAGUCAGACUUGUACAUCCUGACACUGCUACAGAAUUGUAUUUCCUACACAACUGUUCAAGUGGUAGCAAUCCAACAAAAGCUCCAACAGAAAUAUGGCGAUGCUUCUAGCUGGAACAUUACUACACUUCGAGAUAUUGGUGGCCUAAACAAAGCAUUGACAACUGGAAUCAUAUCAAGGCUUAACCAGAGCUUGAUUACUCAUUUUUUUCCCAGUUAUCUGAGGGUUUUGAAAUCAUCUAGAAUUUCUAAGACUCAAUACAGAAGUUUUGUUUACCAACUCAGUGGAAAACAGUUGGUACGGAGAAGUGCAGAUUGUCCAAAGGGUGAAAUAACAACAGAUGCUAUUCAAGAAUAUGGAGACCUCCUUGUUUCACUAUACCCCAGUGCUUCUGAGAUAGCCAAAUGCUUGACUAAUGAUGUGCUCAAAGAUAACCUAGAAAUGCUGGGAAGUAUGCCAUUUCAAAAUUCUCAACUUGACGCAAUAAGAGAAAACAUGGACAAGGUAUUUAAUCAUGCAGUACCUGAACAAUACCUUCCUUCAAUUGGAAACAUAGCCAGAAUGUACAGUGUCAAAAACAUAUCUAACUGGAAUAUUACAAAAGUAGAAACUUUAGGUGCUCUUUUGGAACACACAUCAUGGGAUGAUGACUUACCUAAGGUGAAUGCAAUGUUCAACAAUUACCUAGCUUCUUCAGGUGCUAGCCUGGAUGGUCUCACACUCGCACUUAUUGCUCCAUACUUCUGUUCUUUGAAUACCACUCAAAUCAAUCAGCUUACCGCAAGUGCAGUCACCGGAAUCAAUGACCUUCUGAACAUUUCAGCAUGCUCCCAAGCCCAGAAGAACCUGAUUUAUGAAAAAACAAAAGAAGUAUACAGUGGAUAUCUUAGUUCUGGAAAUCCCUACUAUGAAGUGAUGAAAUCUUUAAUAGCUGGAGCAAAAGCUGAAGACCUGAUGACCAUUUCUUCCAUCAAACCUUCUAUGGACAUAGGCACCUUUGCAAUAUUGGAUCCUAAUGAAGUUCAGAAACUAAGUGCAACACAUUUGAAAAACUUGGUUGGAGUAAAUCUUCAAGACAUGAGGAGUUUAGCAAAUGAUGCCAUCAUGAGUAAGUGGAUAAGAAGUCACAGACAGUCAGAGGUUGACACAUUAGGACUUGGAUUUACAGGAGGCAUUCCAGAUGAACAACCAGUUGGACUUAUUUCAUUUACAUUCAAACCACCCCAGGCUGGUGCAUCAACUUGUUACAGAUUUUCUCAAAAUGUAUUGAGUAUUCUAUUACUCUCCUUGACGCACGUUUUCCUUAUGGCAUGUUUUUAGAAUUGUAAUAGUGGAUUGUAUUGUAAUAUUUGUCCAUCUUUGAUGUCAUUAUAAUCAAAAUGUGUAAAUUGUGUUGAGUUGCAUAAUAAAUUAAUAUAAUAACUUACUGUAGUACAAUACAUCAUGUAUUAUAUUUAAAUAAAGUGUGUCUUGCUA